AUGUCCGAUAGCAGAUAUGACAAUUUAAUGGACGCUGACCAUAAAAAGUCCUGGAAAUGCCCUGUUUGCAAUGUGCCGCCAAAAAAUAACACGAGCUCUGCGGCCAAGCAAGUCAAGACUCCGCCGCAAGCGGCAAUAGGGAAACCAAGCCUCCGCAAUCACCGCCAGCCCUCACCUUCUACUUCGGAAGUUCCUGUCGAUGUCGACGCCGCCUCGACGUCCGAAAUAAUCGCCGAAUUGCGUAUGUGCCGCGAGGAAAUGCAGAAGAUGCGCAUUGAGAUGCAACAGUUUAAUAAAAUUGUAUCCGAUCUUACAGAAGAUGUUAAGAAGUGCAACAUACGCAUUGACGAAUGCAACGAACGCAUCGACGAGUGCAGCGAGCGCAUCGGCGACUUAUCGGCGCGAGUGGAAGUUGUGGAACGACAACAAAGCGCGAAGCUUUCCGACGACACUGCAGACUUAGAACGAAAAAUCGCUGAGCUUCAGCAAGAUAUUAACUAUCGCGAUCAAGAGCUCCUUAGCAACGAUAUAGAGAUCGCCGGAAUUCCAGAGACAAAUAACGAACAAGGAAUCCACCUAGUACUGACCGUAGCCAAUAAAUUGGGCGUCUCGAUCGAGGAGGGUGACGUCGUGAGCGCUGAGCGAGCGGGUCCCGUGCGCCGUGAGGAAGCGGGCGCGACGGGCGGGCCGGGCGGGCGGCCGCGGCCGCUUGUGGUGCGGUUGACGCGCCGCGCGCCGCGCGACCGGCUGCUGGCCGCCGCGCGCGUGCGCCGUGACGUCACUACGGACGGCAUGGGGCUAGCCGAGCCCGCGCGCCGCUUCUAUGUCAACGAACGCCUGACGCGCCAUAAUCGCCAGCUGUUUCACAAAGCGCGCGAAGACGCUUCCCGUAUGCAUUGGAAGUAUGUGUGGACGCGCGACGGGGCUAUAUUCGCGCGCAAGGAUCACGGACUGGGUCGGUACCGUCUGCGCACGGAAUCCGAUCUUCCUAAAGUUUUUGGUUGCCAACUCGGUACUAGACACGACGAGUUUGUCGCUGCCUUGACUUGCUAUGAUGUUGACAUUAUGGCCAUCAAUGAGACCUGGUUGCGAGCGGGGCAGGAGGCGCGCGCGCCCGCGCCGGCCGGCUAUCGGCUGCGGCACGUGCCGCGCGCCCCCGGCGGCGCCCGCACCCGCGGCGGGGGGGUCGGGUUUUACAUCAAGCGAGGCAUUUCGCUGCAGACCAAGAACUAG